AUGAACACCCGCAACGGGCGCUCUGAGAUCUCUUCCAACCGGCCAGAUCAGUACGCAAGCCGCAACAGUCAUUAUGAAUCCCCCUUCACGACUUUACAAAACAAUCAAACACUAGCAUACAUAUUCCUUGUUUUAAUUUCGAUUCCUAUCUUCCUCGGCUACCUCGGACUUGUUCCCAUAUCGCUAUUCCAGCUCCCCUGGGAUCUCAUCGUCUAUUUUACACCCUCUCGGAUUGUUAUCGCUUUGGACCCUCGCGUAUCAACCUCCGACCCCAACUCCCUAGCCUCUCCUUUGACCUUUCAGGAUAAAAGCGACGCCAUGAAACGGAUACUCGGCUUAGACAACAAUGUCUACUUUCCCUUUUUCUCCCGGUCAAGAUCACUCUCUAUCUUCGGAAAUGCGUUGCUGGGGAAUACCGAGGAUGUCGCACCCCCGGGGCUUGGAAACUGGAACAACUCGUGUUUCCAGAAUAGCAUCAUACAGGGACUGGCUUCUUUGAAAUAUCUCACCGAGUUUCUGGAACACAACGUGGACAACCUCUCCGGCAAGGCUUCUAUCUCGACGCACAAAGCACUCCUAGACCUUAUCGACCGUCUGAAUAGCGCCUCCAAAGGCGGAACCAAGCUGUGGAUCUCUGGGCCUCUGAAGUCUAUGAGUAGCUGGCAACAGCAAGAUGCGCAAGAGUAUUUUUCCAAGUUGCUUGACCAAAUUGACCAUGAGGCUGAAAUUUGCUCACGGGGAGCUACUUUAAAUAUGGGAUUGAAAAUCGCAGGACCCGAUGAGAACAUAUUUCGAGACAGCGACUAUGACGACUCGACGGGCCCUUCGGAAACCGAAUCGCCCUCAUCGACAGAUAAGCUUUAUCUUGACAGGGUUUCAUCUUGCAAUCCUCUGGAAGGCCUACUCGCUCAACGGGUAGGGUGCAUGAAAUGUGGAUGGACUGAAGGGCUUUCGUUAAUCCCUUUCAAUUGUCUCACUGUUCCUCUGGGCAGAAGAUCCUCGUAUGAUGUUCGCGACUGUUUGGACCAAUAUAUGACGCUUGAGCCUAUUGAAGGCGUGGAAUGCGCUAAAUGCACGCUGUUGCAUCGACAGGAGCAGCUUCUCAACCUGAUCAGUGGAUUUGAAUCCGAUGACAGUUCAGCAGACAGCUCCGACGAACCUCGACCAUUCGAUGCUGUAAAACUGUCAGCCCACUCGCGAUUGGAGGCUGUCAAGGCGGCUUUGGAAAGCAAUGAUUUCAGCGAAACUACAUUGGCAAACAAGUGCCACAUCAACUCAAAAAAUCGAAUCUCAACCACGAAAUCUCGACAAGCCGUCAUUGCGCGGGCUCCGCGCUGUCUCGCUAUCCACAUUAAUCGUAGUGUUUUUGACGAGAUGACUGGGAAUUUGGAAAAGAAUCUCGCGGCAGUCGCGUUCCCUCAAAUGAUCGAUUUGAACAAUUGGUGUCUUGGCGCCCGUUCUCUCAGCAAAUCUGGCGACAUUUCUGAACAGUGGGAAACAAACCCCUCGCGGUCCAUGCUUCCACAGCCUGGGGAAUCCAUUCAAGUCCCCAGCAGACAAUAUCAAUUACGCGCAAUCAUUACCCAUUACGGCCGACACGAGAAUGGACACUAUAUCUGCUACCGCAAAUAUCCGACAUCGGAAUUCACAGCUCCUGCGCCAGACGAGAUCCUUCAAGCUGAGGGUGAUAAGGACAAGCCGGAGCGUUGGUGGCGCCUCAGCGACGAUGACGUGCAGAUGGUUAGCGAAGGUCAUGUGAUGUCACAAGGAGGUGCCUUUAUGCUGUUCUACGAAGCUGUGGAUGAGUCCGUCUCGCCGUGUUCGACUCCAUCUGCAACUGCAGAACAUGACCUAUAUGCAGAGUCUACUCAGUUCGGAAGUGUAGAACCAAGGAACAUUUCCACGCCGUCUACUGUCACCGACUUCGAAUCUGCUACUUCCCGUGAAACCAGUAUCUCGUUGCCGAUGGACGAUUUUCCUCCUGUCGACUCGUCUUCGAAGAUUUCGAGCGUGAUUGCCACUGAUGCUGAACGGACUGAUGAACUGGACUCGCCCUCUACCAUCAUCUCAUGA